AUAGUUGGUACACUAGGGUUGACACAGUGCCAAAUGUAUCAUUGAGCAACAGCAGAAACUCAUGUGGUUGCAAGUUCUCCAAGGUAUUGAUAAACAGAAUGGCCAAAAUACUUCAGAAAUAUAUAAAAUUUACCACGAAGGAGCUAGAACAGUAUGCGGCCAACCCGGAAUCAUGCGUGCGCUGCGUUCAAACAGACCUACACCUGGCCAUGGGUCCAUACGGCAUGGCCAACUUUAAGCAUGCGUUGCACGAGCUGCUCAUCCGCACCAAAGUUGGCAUAUACGAUAGCAAUGUGAAUGGAAUAGUACUUGGGAUCAAGAACAUUAAGGUUUUGGGUCAAACGGCAGCGUUACGCACCGAUGAUCCCACGCUGCACUUGCUUAUUAAUGCCGAUUUUUACGUGUUCAGGCCAGUCGCUGGUGCGGUGCUCCAUGGCGUUGUUCGACACAUUUCGAAGCAUCAAAUCAGCGUUAUCAUCUACAGAGUGUUUAAUACAACCAUACGAUUUACGAAUAAGAAACAAAACAGAAAGGAAAUCGUCAUGGAUCAGGAGAUUAAGUUUCGGAUAAAGGACUUUAACAUAGGCAGCGCCAUGCCAUACAUCGAGGGCGAACUAUUGACCGAUGAAGCCGUACAACUGAGCAAAAUAAAAAAAUUCGACGAAAAUGGAGAGGUGGAGCAUACAGAAACAACAGUGGAGCUGGAUGCUCUGGUAGAGCUAAUCAAAGAGGAGACAGGCAUAGAAGCUGAGGAGAAGGCGAAAAAGAAAAAAUCGUCAAAGCGUAAGCAGACCUUACCGCCUGAUACAGUUGUAGAAAAGUUGAAAAAAAUAAAAUCAGAGCCCAUAGAUAUAUAGAA